CAUGUAUAGACAUGUCGGGCCGGCCGGUAUAUACAGCGAUAGAGCCGAGCUAAGACUCUAGCUGCCGGUUGUCUACCAGCCUGCUGAUAUAUCUCUCCAAACAACCGUUGUCUUACUAUAAGAUAACAGGACAUCAUCAACAUGCCUCCAAAGAGAAAGGGCGGGAAGGCAAAGGGCAAAGCUGGAGGCAAGAAGGCCAAGGUGGAGGUGGAGGUGGAGGAAGAGGAAGAGACGCCUACGCUGAAGGACACCAUCAAGACGCUGAAGGCUGCAGAUGCGGGCAAGAAGAAAUCCCACAAGCCUGACAGCUUCAUCCCAGGGAGUGCCUCCUAUGACGUGGAGGGGGAUUAUGACUGCAUGUUGAACCAGACGAACAUCGGCUUCAACAACAACAAGUACUACGUGAUACAGGUGCUGAGCAAUUGUGGCAAGUACUACAUCUGGAACAGGUGGGGCAGAGUGGGGGAGUCUGGUGCCAAUGCUUUGAAGGGACCAAUGGAGCUGGCUGCAGCAACAAAAGAUUUUGAGAAGAAGUUUCAGGACAAAACCAAGAAUAAAUGGGCCAACCGUGGCAGCUUCAACCCCGUGCCAGGAAAGUACACGCUCAUCGAGAUGGCCAAUGAUGAUGAGGAGGACGAAGUGGAUGCUCCUGCCAUGGUUGACACAAAGGGAAGAAAAGUAGCAGACAGCACUCUAGAUACCACCACACAGAAACUGGUCAAUCUGAUCUUCGAUCUUGACAUGUUCAAAGACGCCAUGAAGAGCUUUGACAUCGAUGUGAAGAAGAUGCCGCUGGGGAAGCUGAGCAAGACCCAGAUAGCUAAAGGCUUCGAGGUGUUGGAGGAGAUCGAAGAUGAACUGAAGAAGAGCAAGCCUGCAGCGGCCAAACUUAGGGAGCUGUCGUCCAGGUUCUACACAGUGAUUCCGCAUGACUUCGGUCGCAAGAUUCCCCCAUCUAUUGCCGACUCAGAGACUCUCCAGAAGAAAAUGGACAUGUUGUCGGUGCUGGGAGAUAUCGAGCUGGCUCAAAGCCUACAGAAAGACAAGGACAAGGCUAUCGCAGCUUCAAAGGAUGCAGCUAUCCCCAACCCCAUUGAUGUCAACUAUCACCUUCUCAAGUGUGGCCUUGAAGUUGUUGAUCCUAAGUCUGAGGAAUUCAAGGUUCUCAACAAGUACAAGGAUUCCACUGAAGGCUACAGGAAGGUCAAGAUUCAGCACAUCUGGAAGGUCAAUAGGGAUGGCGAGGAUUCUCGGUUCGCAGUUCAUAACAAACUUGACAACAGGAAGCUGCUUUGGCAUGGAACCAAUGUGGCCGUCGUUGCAGCCAUCUUGAAGAGCGGUCUGCGUAUCAUGCCACACAGUGGUGGCAGAGUAGGGAGGGGCAUCUACUUCGCCUCCGAAAACGGGAAGUCUGCUGGCUACGUCGGCACCAAUGGCAAGACCGGCAUCAUGUUCCUGAAUGAAGUCGCCCUCGGCAAGGAGAAGCACAUCGACCGAGACGACUGCAGCCUUGUUACGGCCCCAAAAGGAUUUGACUCCAUUGUGGCCAAGGGGCGGACCGAACCAGACCCCAAGCUGGACACUACCCUGACCAUUGAUGGCGCCACGGUGACCGUCCCACAAGGCAAGCCCACGCACCAGUCCAAGUUUGCUGGGAGUAGUUUUUCCCAAAGUGAAUACCUCAUCUACAAGGAGAGUCAGAACCGCAUCAGAUACUUGCUGCUCAUGGAGUUCUCCUACUGAACAUCGGCUCAGGAACUGAUUUAACAUCACCAUUAGCUUAACAUCACCUGCUAAACAUCAACAUCAGCUCUCUUAAACAUCACCUUAAUUUUGUUGUUGAAACCUCAACAUCAGCUUUAACAUCACCAACUGAACAUCAACAUCACCUUUAACAUCACCAACUGAACAUCAGCUUUAACAUCACCAACUGAACAUCAACAUCAGCUCUAACAUCACCAACUGAACAUCAUAAUUCUUCAUGUCUCGCUAGAACCUCCAGCCGUGUAACAUCAUCCACUGAACAUCCGUCAUGUUCAAAGCAUUUAACUUUUACUCAAAAAGAGGUUUCACCCAACAUCAAUUGUAAAAAUUAAUUUCAGGUAUCAGUAGGUAUUGCAGUAUGAUAAGUAUCAUAAGCAUAUCACGUUACAGGUACAGGUACUGGCACACAUGUGUGAAGAUGUAUGCACUGUAAAGUCAAAUCGUAGCAUGUCUACAUGCUUACUUACUUACAAUACAGAUGAAAACAAUGGAGAGAAAUGGUUGAAAGAUUAAGAGUUGACAAUAUCAUUACAAUUGUUAGAGUUUCAAAUUGAUAUAUAUAUGUUGGUAUUUUAAAACAUAUUUUACCUUAAGUGUUAUAUACAGAUAGUUUAUGACUGUUUUCCCUGAAUAUCUUAGUUGAUAUUCUUUGUUAAUAGUCGUAAUUACUUGUUGAUAUUCAUACGUUUAUAGUCGUAAUUACUUGUUGAUAUUCUUUGUUUAUAGUCGUAAUUACUUGUUGAUAUUCAUACGUUUAUAGUCGUAGCUCCUUGUUGAGGUUGUGAGCUCAAACCAAGUGCCAUUAUUUUCUUGUGUAGUGAUUCUAGUUUAAAUAACAGGUUCUUGUUAUUUCCUUGUUAUGCAAGUCAUAAUAUUUCAUCAUUUUGCAAGUUCAAUAUUUACUCCUGUUACUAAUAUUAACAUUUUAUCCUUAAUUUGUAUUCUCGGUUUCCAUUUUAGCUUUCAGUAAACAAUAAUCUUAACUGUUGUAAAAAACUUUUCAAUUUGUUGUAUAUUUCUUUAGACUCUUUAAGAGUUGAUUUUUCAAUGGUAUUUGGUAUGAUAUUAAAUAUUUAUCUCAUUCCUGUAUAUUUGAAUUUGUUUUACUUGCAUAUUUGUUGUUUACUUGUUUUCUUAAGACAUGUUUUUGUGAAGAACAAUCAUUUUUUUAAUAAAUAUAUCUCUUAUUUAAUUUUCAUUUAAGGUUACAUCAACCCCUUUUUUAUGUUACAUCAUAUAUAUUAUUUGUUUAAAACCAAUUUUUUUUUAAUAUACUACUCCACUUUUGACAGGGAUAUUUUUAUCAUGACACACAAAACUGAUUAUCAUAUGUCACGUGUAUAUUUAAAUAAAAUGACAUAUCUGAAUAUCCUUAUCAAAGGUUGAGUGGUAUAAUAGUUGUAUUGUAUUUCAUAACAAGAAACAGCAAACUUUGUUUUUGUUCAUUUCUAAAUUGCAUAAUACUAGUGUCAUGAAACAUAAAGGACCCAUUUCCUGGAAGUAUUGUACCAUCCUCAUCAAUCAAGGACCAUGGCAUUUCUAUAAAUAUUCAUAUUUUCAGGAAAUAUUUUUGCAUUUAUCAAUCUGAAAAUAACCCCGUUUUUAUAGGGCAAAUGGUGUAUGAAAAUUAAGGCUUUUGUGCCUGAAAAAAAUAUUUAUGUAUAUAUAUAUAUAUAUGUACAUUGCUGUGUAACUUGUGCAUAGGUGUAUAGAUUGCCACUGUAGGCUAGAACACAUCGGUAGCUGGAAUGUACAUAACAUUCUCCAUCCAUCCCUCUUAACACCAUGUAUAUACCAAGGAUGUACUGAAAGCAUACAUUUUUCAAUUUAUGUUUAUGAAGAUAUUGAUGAAGCUAAGUCUAACUGACAAAUAAUACCCAAGAUGAAAAUGUGUCAUAACAUUUUCAUUCCUAAUAUAUGCAAAAAAAAUUUUUUUUAAAUUGAUUUUGAAAAAAUCAUUUCUGUUAAUAAAUGAACCAUAAGUAUUUAAUUACCAUCAAGAAAUCAUGGGAAAUUCAAAUCAGCAUAUUCCAAAAAUAUUUUCACAUGAUGUGUUCGCUUCUUUUUAAAAUGUUUUCCGGAUUAUUUUUUUGCAAAUUGUAUGUCCUGUUACUGUUGUGCAUUCCUCGUUAACAGAGGGAUGCAGGGAGAAGAAGUACCGCAACAUAUGAGAAGAAGUAUGUUAACAGCAUAUCUGUUAUUAGCAGUGUUCUCAUUCCCAAACAGAAUUAUCUUCCUCACCCAACUCGUCUGAUUGGGUGGGUGUUCCAGUACGGUCCAGUGUUACCCAUCUGGUUGACUGACAUCUAGUCUCUGAAUUGAACAUAUCUUACAGAAAAAAGACAGUUGUUAAAUUAUCUUAAUCAAAAUAUGAUAAGAAGGAGCUUAGAGACUCUCUUCAUUUUCAGCAGUAAUCUAGACUUGCCAAAUAUUAUAGACUUGCAUGGGCUGUAUUGGAUAUAUUUUAUCAGAGUCUGUAAGACAGACUACCCAUCUGGAUAAUGUGAUGGGUUUCUUGGGCCCCGAAUGCUGGAAGCUGAGACAGACUGCUGUAACAUACUUGGUCUUAUCUCUUCACUUUGCUUGUAUAUAUAGGACACACAGUGUGUUGUAGUGUCGGUAUAUCAUUGUGUAGCUAGUUUUAUUUGUUUCAUUAAUAUUUAGUCUUAGAUGGUACAUGUUCAGAGUUCAUAAAGUAACUGUAUUCACAUACACUUUUAAUUCUGAAUUGAAAACAUAGAAAGCUAAUUUAAACUUUCCUAUUUUCAAGCAUUUUGAUCAAUUUUAGUUUUCAAAUCCAAAGUUAUAAAAUGAUCUUAAAAAUUCAGUUAAUUCAUAAAAUGGUCUUCCGAUUCUAAAAAGGGGUAGAAAUAUCAUGAUUGUUCCUCCAGUAAGAUUAUCAGUGUAUGUUAGUAUAUAUUUUAUGUGAUGGAGUGAGUGCUGAAAAGAUCAACAUCCAAAAUGUCAGGGUUCCUAGCAUCACAUGAUGACUGCUCCAAUGUUUGUAACCAGAGCGUUACAGGCAACACCACCAAGUAGCUCUUUACUGAGGACAUAGUCACUCUUCCAUAUCUGGCUCGACCCAGGGUCAAACACAUUGUUUUUAUUCACCAGGCAAGGAAAUUAUCAAGAGCCAACAAAUUUUAUAUUUCAUGUCGUAACUUUUUGAAGAAAUUUAACAUGUAUGUUACUGAAUUUUUAAAAAUCAUAAUUAUUUAUUAUUUUAAUUUGGUUAUUUGCAAUUUGACAUCAACAAUUUAGUAUCUUAUUUCAUUUAAUAUGAUCAGGUUUACUGAAUCGAAAAAGUCAAAUAACAUUUUAAAUUUCAAAUUGAUAUUUAUAUAUAAGGAAAAAUAUUUUGAGUUGAAUUAAUAUGAUGUAGAAUUUAGAGCUCUUGGUACUUUCUCCGACCUGUUUUAGACAGUAAUUAGUGCACUUCAGCUUAGCAUGACUGUGAUAAACCCAAGGUGUGUGCGUGCUGUCAGGCACAUAGCCAGGCAGGGGGCACAUUGGGGCACCUCGGUCAUUGCUGCCAUAGCAACUGACUGGCUCAUCGGUGGGACUGUGAUGAGAGACUAGAAUAGUUUUCUCCUUUGUAUAUUACAUACAUUUAUCAUAUGAUCUUUUCUGGAAUUUCGAAGCAUGCUGUACUCUCACAUGUAGUGGUUACAUUUGAAAUAAUAGUUCAUAUUUUGUCCAGGGUUGUUGAGCUUCGGAUUACUUACCUCCCUUGAGUGGAGAUAAAACUCGAUUAUCUCCCUUGACUGUUUGUACAUUUUGACAUAUUUAUCAACAGUUCAAAUGCUAUGAUAUCUCAUCAGCUUAACACUUUGAUAUAUUUAUCCACUAAUCAUUUUACCAAAAGCAUGUAUAAUUUCAAUUAUAAUACUAAUUGAACAAUUUUUGAAUGUAUCAUUACAGGUGUGGGUAGCCUAGCUCUUAAAACCAUGAAAUGGGAUCAAAUAAAUGGAUUAUCAUGUUUCAGUAAAACACAUAUUUGUACUGUAAUGUCAUUUUCAUCAAUUUUUCCAUCAAUUGUCUUAAGCAAGUUUUAGCUGUAUGGACACUUUGCGUCCAAUCCAUUAAUCACUUUUCUAGAUGUCACAUAUCCAGACCCUCAUCCCGUAUCAGCUGACUUUAUGUCAUGCACCCAUCAUAUCACCUGUUGUCGUUGUCAGGUAGCGUAGAAUCACUAUACAUCCUCUCUCUCCAAGGGAUAAAGCCACCAUGUUGUGAUAGUGUCAGGGAGUAGUAGGGUAGCCUAAUAGUACAUGUGUUCACUCUUCAUGCAUAACGUUCUGGCCUGAUUCCCAAAUGGUUACAUUAUGUGACUCAUUUUCGGUUUCAUGUGCUAUGAUGUCUGUACCCUUACUUGUAAUGAAUUGUACUUCCCCAAUGGUAUUAUUUGGGCAGAGAGGAAAUAAUAUUCCCUAGAAUAGUGAGGAUGGAUCACCAAAGCCAUUACUGGUGUCACAUUUUGGGCUGUCAUAGCUAGGUGGUUGUACCCAUAGUUUCACGACGAGUUUGUAUCACCAUUAUUUCCGGUACAUUUCUCAUCACAAGUCAUAUGUGUAAAGGCUUUAAGUUGAUGUAAUAUGUUCGGAUUUUUAUUGUACCUUUUGUAGUGUUCAGUACUUUUCACUGAUCUUCAGCAGUUAAAUGUUAGAUGUGGAUAUCAGUGUCAGGACAUCAAAGUGAAUGUGAAUGCAGACUUAUAAUUGUGAACAGACAACCAGACAAGACCAGGCUGUUUUCCCCAUUGUGAUCUGAUUAAAUACUCUGAAGUACAUUGGCACCUUCAGACUUGUAGGAUUUUAUAAGUAAAGCUUACAUUUGUUAAACGACAGCAUUAUGCUUGCAAUCUAUUUGGGGAUAUUUAUUGAAAUCAACAAUUGUGCAAAAAGAUAUGAAAUAAACAACUUGUCCAAAGGGUGUUAGUUGGAAUACAAGUGAAGAGGGAGACAACUCUCAAGUACCUGGUCAUCCCUGCUAGCUAAAUGUGUGGGUGUGUUGUGUUGCUGUACAUUUAGCUUCUGGUUGUAAAAGCAUUUUCUUAUAUUUCCUGUAAAGUGACUUUAUAAACAUUUUAAAGUGUGAAAUAAACAGAUUUAGAAUCAA